GAUGCGAACAAUACUCCCUUCUAGAAGUACCAACUCUCCAUCUCUUUCCUCAUUGCAUAAAUAUAUACUUAAAUAAACAGUCCAAAGUCAUGACCUUUAAUACCCUCUCAAACUACCCCACACCAAAGAAACCAAACCCUUCUUCUUCUUCCUCUUCACCUCAUCCCACCAUUUCUGCAAUUCUUUUGGAAUAAGGAAAACAUGGGUGUAGUCAAAAUCAGUCAAUCUUUCAAAACCAAAGUGACUCCAAGCAGGAUGUUCAGGGCCUUGAUCCUUGAUUCCCACAACCUGUGUCCAAAACUCAUGUUUUCAUCAAUAAAGAGCAUUGAUUUGGUUGAAGGAAAUGGCGAGGCUGGAAGCAUCAAGCAGAUGAAUUUCACUGAAGCUAGCCCUCUGAAAUAUGUGAAACUUCGGAUAGACGAGCUGGACAAGGAGAAAUUCACAUGCAAGUACACCUUCAUCGAAGUCGAAGGCUUGAUGGAGACGAUCGAAUCCAUCAGUUACGACGUCAAGUUCGAGCCAUACGGAUACACCGGAUGUGUCUGUAAGAUGACGAGCGAGUACAAAACCAAACCGGACGUGGAGAUCAAAGAGGAAGAUAUUGAGCAUGGGAAAGACAGAGCCAUUGGAAUGUAUGAAGUUGUUGAAGCCUAUCUCUUGGCACACCCCCAUGCCUAUGAAUGAAAAACUUUACUUGUAUUUGGAAAUAGUUCUUCUUAUUGUAUACAUUGAGAGAGAAUUUCAUUGUGUUUCAACGAUUUCUUUGAUAACUCAAGUGUCCGGGCUUGGUUUUCAACGACUUCUUGUCUAUAAUGGACCUUUCAGUACGAUUCAAAUGCAGAUAAAAGUUUUAUAAGCCAAGAAAGAACGAAUGGAUCUUGUUUUCA